UAAAAUCAAAACGGCUGUGCGUUUCGUGCGCAAAACGAUUAAAUUGUUUUUUUUUUUUAUUUUCUGUUAUGUUAACUUUUGCAAAUAUUUCGCAAUUAUGUCGCAUAUGCCUGCGUCAUUUGCGGCAGAUUAACGAACAGCAGCAGAAUUUUACAACUAACAGUCAACAGUUGCUACGGAACAAAGCCAGUUACAACUCAAAGACGUUACCCGAUUUGGCCAAGAUGUUGAGUCGGUUUUUUGCCAUUGACGUGUUUCAGCAACCCGACACUUUUCCGCAGAAUGUUUGCGCAUUGUGCUACAAUGCCGUCGAAUAUUUUCAACAAUUGUGCAUCGUAGCCGAGCAAAGCAACGAGAUGUUGAUGCGCCUGACAAUCUCCCUAGACGUUGACGAACCGGAACAUCCAAUAACAGCCGCAGUUGCAGGCCUGGAUGCUGAUGCUGAUGUUGAUGCUGACACACAUUUGCAUUUUUGCAGUUGCCGCUCGUGAAAGAGGAGCCCGUGGAAGACGAAAUUCAGCAGCAGCAACAAGAGUACGACUCAGAGCUCGAUAAAGAUGCAGAUGCAGAUGCGGACGAUAACACUGAGGAUCAGGAGGAAACGAGCAUGAACUGUGAAGCAGCAGAUACUUCGAGUGUCAACAAACGCAAACUGCUUGCUUGCCAGCAGUGUGGCAAGCAGGUGUAUAAGCUACCCUAUCUCGAGGCACAUAUACGCAGCGUGCACGAGGGCCAUCCGAAGCCGUUUCUCUGCCGGAACUGCGACAAAGCGUUUACUCGAUACGAGCAACUGCGAUCGCAUAUGCGCAACGUGCAUCCGACUCUAGCCGCUGCAACAGCAAUGACCAACGAGGAACUGGACCUCAAAUGUGAACAGUGCGAUCGCAAGUAUAGUACCAAAAAUGCCCUGGGCGAGCAUCUGAAGCGACAUGCGCAGCAGAAACCGCACAUAUGUGAGCACUGCGGUGUAGCGAAGGUAACACGAACCGAACUGCUCACACACCUUCGCAUCCACAAUCCCGACUGGGAGAAGUUCAAGUGCAAGCAAUGUCCUCAGCUGUUUCGUCACAAGAGCGCCAUCAGUCGGCACGUGCGAGUUGUCCACGAGGGACAGAGGCGAUUUCAAUGCGGACACUGCCACAAGCGAUUUGGAACUCACGCCUCUCAGCUGCGACACGAGCGAUUGCACAUUGAAACCGCAUUUUAAUUGAUGGACACUAAAUAUGUGCAUAUCCCCAUUGUACUAUAUAUUUUUAUGUUAUGUAUUCCAAAAUAUAAAGCUUAUACGUAGUUAGUCGAUUUAAAUGAAAUUAAAUAAAUUGUAUCGCCUUUUUAAAUACUU